AACUAAAAUCUCCACUAAAAGUGUUACGGUUUUCAACAACAAAAAGAAAAAAUGCUUAUAAUCACUUCCUGAUAAAAUGAAAAGCAUUCCAGCCAAUUAUGACAUUAUUAUUGACCACAUCCCUAGGUGUGCAAGUCCACCUCCCCACCAUCUUUUUCUGUCUAUUUUUUUUAACACCGGCAGUAACUUCACCCAAGAAGAAUUCACCCUCUGUCUCUGGAAUAAUCCAUAUCGCGAGCGGGGGAUUUACAGUAUGUCUCACCAUCACCCCACUUUAUAAAGACCCAAUGAACUAUUUCUCCGUGAUAAAAUAACAUGACCUUGCCUUUUCACUUUCUCUUUUAAAGAAGGUAAACAUUUAUUUUGUUCUUCGUAUAUGGUGUAAUUUGUGUACGCACAGACCGAACAUCCCUCCUGGAGUUUUAGUUCAACCUGCAGAAUUUUAGGCAAAAUGGCGACAUUGUAACAGAUGGAGGACGAAAAAAAGGACUGUAAUCAAGUACCAUGACAAACUUGCCCCAUGUUAUAGUGUCAUUCUCUGGAAAGAUCGUGUUGUCUCCGUUAUGGCAGCAGUAAAAGAGAGCACAGAGGAAGACAAAGAGGUAGAAUCUUCCUCUGACACUCAAGAGUUGACAAGCACAUCUUCUCCCAACAACAACAAUAACAGCUUGGAUCCACCAGAGCCCCUGCCCUUGGACAGUCACCAAAACCCUUUAAAUGGAGUCCAGCCGAACCCAUUUGUCUGUGGUAGCGUCCCUGCUGCCCCCAGCACAAACGACUCAUUGCCUUCAGGAGCACUUGUUAAUGGAGCUGCUUCACACUGUACCUCAGAGGAGUCCUGCGUCCACAACAAAGACAUGUCCCCUCUGCCCGGGACAGACACUAGCCCUGAGGUGUUACCGCCUCCCAGUGAGCUUCAAUCAGACACCCGGCAGAAAGCAGAAGGGUGCGCCCUAAAAGUGCAGCCCGCACGGGCCUCAUCUGAAUCAAACAACAGUGACGGUGAGGCCCCCCUAGAUGUGCUGGUGGGGGAAGGCUUGGAUAACAGGCCAAUCAGCCGACUGUUGGCUAGAAAGGGAAUCAAAGCAGGGUGCUUAUGGGACUUUGAUUCUGAGUUGUCAGAGAGUUCUUCUGAUGACUGUGAUGGUCUAACUUGGGGCCUGCAGGAGAAGUUCAUGCGGAUACUGCUGAAAAGCAGUGUAGCAGGUGAUGGGGUAAGAACAAAGGUGGAGAUUGAUGGAGCUCCACCUGCCAACCAAAGACGGAGGAUGCGUAAAAAUCGUGCCAUGGAGAGGGCUGACACUGGAGGACAGGUUUAUGAUGGCUUUGAUUACGCAUCCCAGAAUUCCCUGUCUGCCGAAGAAUCCGAUUUUGAGUCGUCCAUUAACAAAGAACAUGCCUUCAGGAAAGAGCCGGAAAGUUUGAAAGCAUAUGCCGGCUUGCGCCUGGAGAAAUUCUGCGACAAGUCAGCUGCCAUGAAGGAGCUAAUUUCAAGCGAGAAGGAAGAGAGAUGUGAUGAAGGCGGCAGCGACGUAGAAACAAACACCUACAUGGGUGAAAAAUCGGCACGGUUAAAGACAGAGACAAAAACAGGCGAAGAGCCGUCCUUCUUCCCAUGUUCAAAGUGCAAUGAUAAUUUCAAGGAGAAGAGGCAUUUGCAUAGGCAUAUGAUGUAUCAUUUAGAUAGGAAUAAAAAGGUGAGACAAGAACACGUUCCCCGACCCUUUAUAUGUAGAGAGUGUGGGCGUUCAUUCCGAGACCUAACCUCUCUGCAAAAGCACAUUAUAAUCCACCAGGUGCGGAGGGAGAGGCUGAUGGAGGAGAUUAAAGGUUUCAGUAAGAUAGAUGUCGAGGGAAGAAGAGCUUGCCUUCAGUGUCCCCAGUGUGUCUUUGGAACGAAAUGCCCCAAAACUUUCGUCCAUCAUGGCAAAACUAAUGAGAAGGAGAAGUUGUCUUAUAGCUGUGAGGAAUGUGAUCACAUGACUACGACUGCAAUGGAGGCACAUGAGUGUACAGCUCACCACAACACAUGUGGCAAGACUGGCAACUCUUUUGUAUGUCAAAGUUGCACAUUUACAAGUACGAAUAGAUAUAGCUUCAGAAAGCAUGUGGAGCUCAUCCACGGGCAGCCGUAUUAUGAGAGUUAUGAAGCUCAACCACACCGCAGUAUGGAUGAUCACAUAAAAGCUUUGUUUGACCAACCUAAAACCAAGGACUCAUCUUUACUGAUGCCAAAGAUUCAAAGCACAGAGAAGCGGUCUGUUAGGGACAGAGGUGAGCUGCCCUUUAGGCCCAAUGGCUCAGCUGACCUUAAUGUGAGAAGCAAAGAAACACAAAAAGCCUGUGACGGUUUCAGCUCCUCGCUGAUCAAAUGGAGCCCUGGCAGCCCAGCAAACAAGCUGUCACCAUUCUCACUGAGAAGUGACAAGCCAAGCAAAUUAUCCCCUCUGCCUACAGAGAAAAUAGACGUGACAACAGGUCUCCCGUAUGUCGAAGAAGACAAUCAAGAAUAUGAAAGCGCUGUCUCAGAAAAGAGGACAAAAUAUCUUUCCAGCUUUGACGUACAUCUUACAACGAAAACAGAGAUCGUGAGUAAAGCAGCCUGUCUGAACCCUGGCACUGAGAGCCGUCCCAAAGAUCCUUCAACUGGCAGUACUUUAGCGCUGCAACCGCUGAGGCACAAAAUGCCGUCGAAAAGAAAAAUGUCUAUCCCAUAUCGCAACACCCAUGCCAAUAUUCCUCAUGUGCGUCUUCCAAAAUGUGAGCCUGAGUCUCCACAAUGGGACCCUAGUACACCACAAGAGGGAGAUGACAAUGAAGGUGCUCAGGAUUUCAGCGACUGCACCAAAGAUCAGUUUUAUAGCAAUACCCCCAGUGAUUAUUUCAUCCCACUCAACAACAACAUUCUGGACUAUUCCAAUCUUACUAAUCCAGACAAUAGCAGAGUGGACGACAGUGAUGAUAUUUGUACAUUUAUAGUGAAGGAGGAGUGUAUUGAGAGUAUAAUAAGUGAGGAUAACCCUGAUCAGGUUGUUUAUCAGCAAAACGAUCCUUAUGCAGAGUAUAUUGUCAACCCUUUGUCUAUGGUGGGCAGGAAGUGCUGUCCCUACUGCCCCGCAGUGUUUGAGUCUGGGGUGGGCUUGUCUAACCAUGUGAGAGGACACUUACAUAGGGUUGGGCUGAGUUAUGAUGCUCGUCACGUGGUGUCACCUGAGCAAGUGGCAUCUCAGGACCGCCAGCCUCGCAUACGCAGAAAAAUUCCCUCAGUGAAUCGCAGAAUCAGAAAAGAUAAGCCAGAGUCUAAAACCGAGCACACCUGUCCGCUGUGCCUGGGCUGGUUUGACACUAAGACCGGCCUCUCCAAUCAUGUGCGGGGUCACCUGAAGCGGAUUGGCAAGCCUAUUUCGGGCGCUAGCAAGUCACCUCUCUGCAUUCUGACAGAACUUCUUCAGGAUGAGGAGGAGUACAGGAACAUUAUGAGGGUGUUUGGUUCCAGACCACACUUAUCAAAACCUUUUGUCUCUCAAAAGUUUGCCAGCAGCGAUGGACUGUUUCUUACAUCCUCUGGCAUUCCCAUGAAGAUCCAUCAUGCCACUGGCACACCAGACCAAGAGCAAUGGACUAUGAUCAGGUCCCCCCAGGUCGACAGGGAGAGGAAGAGGGCCUAUGAGGUCCGAUCUAGCACUUUAGAGGAUCUUCUGGGAAAUACGAAAGUGGAGCAGGAAGUGGAGGAUGAGGAUGCCAGUACUCCUUUGACCAUCUCCUACACUAGUGGCAGUAUACCCAGAUCGCCAUCUGUGAAGCUGGAUCCUACCUGGAGCCAAGAGAAGUUUGCAGUGAAUAAGAAGAUCUGCAUCCACUGCAACACGACGUUCCACAGCGGCGUAAGCCUGUCCAAUCAUCUUCGAGCGUAUGCGCGACGGAAGAAAAUUGCCUUAGUAGAAGGAACAACAUAUGAUUGUAAACAGAAGAGGCCGAGAUCAAGGCCUGGGCCAAAAAGGAAGGCGUUUUCAUCUUCACACGCCGCCUCUGAAGUGAUCUACAGAAUGACCUGCAGGUUCUGUGAUCUGAUCUUCCAGGGUCCUCAGUCUAUUCAGGAAGACUGGAUCAAGCACUUGCAGAGGCAUCUUAUGCACACAAGUAUCCCCGGCGUGGGUGCAGGUAUGGUGGAGGUUUCAGCGCUGUGUAAAGAGCUGUGUUCCCCAUCUCCCCCCGAGCGCCUGCUCCUGGAUACACACCCUCCUCUCAGUCUGCCUGAGGGGGUCUCCUAAGCCACGUUUACACACCAGCUAUGCUCGCUGUACACCUGUUCUGCACAUGUUCAUAAACAAAUACACAUAUAAUACUGCAUAUACAUCUCUAUAUAUGAAUACAGAAUAGAAAUAUAUACAUAUAAUAUAAAUGAAAGAUUUUCUUAUAUUGCAUAUUAUUCAUUUUUCUCUUUGUUUUAUAUCCCAAUUUUAUUGUAUCGAUCUUCGGUUAUUCUUAAGGGCAUGCUAUUUGCAACAUAGAUUUAGAGUUCGGCUAUAUUUAGAUCUUGGAUGUGCACAUUAGGCAGUCUCGCUGUAGACUGCAGUUCUUGCAAGUCUAAAAUCCAGCAGCUAGAUUUUAGAAACUAUCCAAGAUAGUAGAAUUCAGAGGUCACUGUUUAAAACAUGGCAAUAUGACUAUCAAGAUCAAGAUCACUUGACUUAAUGCUAUUUACUGUAAUUUUGCGCCGCAAAGUUUAUUUACACUGACAAAAAAACAUGUAUAACCAAUUUUUAAGAGAGUAUAUUAACAUAAUAAUAUAUCUACAGUAGUGCUUUAUUUCUGGUUAAAAAAUUCUUAUAUUUACUCUUAUGCAUCAUUUAACACAUUAGGGAAAAAAUGUCAUAUUGCGUAUACUGGGCAUUAGAGCCCAAAACAUGUAACGCAGCCUAUUACCAUAUUUUUAAUGCUAUUAUCAAAGAAAUAAACUGUGAACUUUAUGAAUACAUCAGUGAAUAUUUUUCAAAGCUUUCUAGUUGUUUAGUAAUAUCAUGGGCAAUACUGUCAUAAUGCAAUAUUAGUUCUAUCUAUAUAAUGUCAAAAAAGUCAUUGUUCUAUAUUAUUGUUGUAAGUUGCUGAAAUCCCUGCAAAUGCUAUUCUUGCUCAUCAUUUUAUGGUGCUACAAUGUAAGGUAUAAAAGUAUGAUAACGCAACUAAUUAUCAUGUUUUACUUUAGGAUACUAAAGGGAAUCUUUACCACUCAUUCUUUCUGAGGUAAAUGAUUUCUUAGCAUUUGAUUGUACAUAAAGCUGUAAAGACCAAAUGGAGCGAUAGUCCUCCAUGCCCUGGUCAACCCUUCAAAUAGUUACCAUGUAACUAUGUACCAUUACUUGGUGAUGAUAAUGUGCAAGCACAUACCGAUCAAUUAAGGUAUACAAUGUGUUAAUGAACCGAGCAAGCGUUAACACGUUGUAUUUAUGUCUCUGUUAAGUCACUAAUAGCCAAUUAAAAUGUAAUUGUGAUUUAAACCUUUGUAUCUUUUUCUGCUGUAAUACUUAUUUACUUUACACUGCCACUUUGUUGACUCUGUCCAACACUGUUGUUAUAUAAGUAUCAAGGAUCUCCAUGACAUCAGCUCUGUCUUUGUGUAGAGGAAUAGCUCUGAUAAUAUCAGAGAAAGCAGCUUGACCGGGGUUCAUCAGUAAGCGUCUGGUCCGGGAGGCGACCUCACAGUUUGUCCCGGGCAGGGCUUAGACUGGCGAUCAAAGCUGUACAAACCAAUUGUCAUCACGUUCCUCUGGAGGGAAUUUGGAGUACAUUAAUGCCCCUGCUUUGGGAAAUAAUUGUAUCUCUCUGUGACUUCAUUAGGCUCUCCUGGCCGAAUCAAAAGGCACUCCACCAAGGCUGGAAGCUGCAUGGUGGGCAGACAGUGUCCCAAAGGGCCGAAUGAAUAAAAAACGAGGGAUUAUAAUGAGAUUGAGCUAACCAUGACCAGGAUUGAGUUUUUCCAUUAUACCAUUGGCAGCUUUAAGAAUGAGGUGGACGAGGGGGGAGGCAGGAACAUAAAGAAAUGUGUAAGAUCCACACCAGCCAUCUGCCACGGGGCUGUGCCGCUGACAGACCAGAGCACGCUUAUCAUUAGGCCGUGAAUCAAAGAGGCCUGCUCUCUGGAGAUUCCUCCAUUAAAACAGUAUACAAGUGUCAUCACUUCUCGGUGUGCAAGAGAGCACAUCUUAUCUGAAUCAGGAAGCAUUUGGAAAACAAGAAAGAGGCUUUCUAUUAAUCACCAUAUUUUAUUUGUUAAAUCCAACCUCCACAAUGUAUAAGAAAGGGAUUGCAUGCUAUGUUGUUUCAUAUUAAUGGUGUAACCUUAGGUGGUAAUUAAAAUCGCCCUCUGGCGGAUAAGCAUGUUCUUAAUAUUUCAUUGGCGCAAUUGUGACAAAGGCAGACUAGGGACCGCAGGAAGGAUAGAGAGGGUUUAUCUCACAUUACAUGUAUCUCCCGAUCAUAGUCUCAGGUGCACCUGACACAAACACCAGGAGAUACUGUUGAUUGAUUGAAUGAUUGAUGGAUGGACUCUCUUUUAACCCUUUCUUAGUGUUUUCUUGUCUCCUAAGACUGCCACUUGUCUUGACUUUUUUCCCUCCUCUGAAGUGGCAGGAGCGACUCGGGGAUCAGGACCAGUGACCGAGCCCUCGCCGUUGUCGACCGUGCCCUUGCUUUUGCUUUCGGUCAUUCCUAAAGUGUAAGAGCCUUCACUUCCUCUGUGAAAAAGAGAGAGAAGAAAAGAGAGAGUGUGAGAACAAAAAAAUCAAUAGGUUUCCAUUAUCUGGUUGGGCAGUGUCACUGGCCUGUCAAUGAUCCCGCUACAGUCCCGGCACAAGGGUGAGACGAGCCCCCAGUCAAUCGCCACUGACAAGAGGAAAACAUGCUGACAGCAACCAGGAACAAGUCAGAACACAGAUUUGCACUUCAAGCGCUCGUCCGAGGGGGCGGUGUGAGGGGGCCACCAAACGACGUAGGGCCAGACUCAGGCUGAUAGGGGGGCAUGGUAGAGGGGGCUCUGGCCGGGUUUUCACCCCUUGUCUGAAUGUCUCACUCCCCCUCACAAACGCUUUUAUCCUCCCAUCAAUUAUUUACCUCUGGAUACACCAAAGGAAACCCAGGUGCACUGAUUGUGGCCAAGAGAAAUUCAUCACCUUCGUGGUCGCCACAAGCUCGAGCUCUCUGUUCCGUUCCUUCUCUUUCUCCCCCCUUUGCUACCCAUCUCCCCGUCCCACAAAAUAAAUAAAAAAUAGUAUUGAAUAUG